AUGGGAUGCUCAAUAUAAAAGGCAAAAUCUAACCAUAGAGAUAAUUUCGAUUAGAUAGAAUAAUUGAUUCAAUCAGAGUGUUUGAGUAAUGAAUAGAAAUUUAGAAUAAAUAACAAUCCGAUUGUAAAAAGAAGAAUAUUUAAUAAGGAAAAAAAAAAUCUUUCAGCAUCAUAGUAAAUUUGA